GAUAGAUUUUGCGGCGUUUACCAGCCAAUUUUUUCGCGCUUGCUGAAAAAUAUUUAUUUUAAUCGAAAUAUAAUAAGAGUUUGUAAAAAUAAACAAAUAAGACAGAAAAUUUACUUGCAAUAAGUGCUUGUGCCGUGAGUUGGUAAUAAUUCUGCGUGUUUAAGUGCAACGCAAAACAGCAACAGCCGCGUGGGCCGGUACCUCAAGCAGCAAACAUGUCCGUACGCGAUCAAAUAAAAAUUGAUAUAGAAUGGGGUCACGAACGCUUGGUGCGUUCGCAACAGGUUGUGGAGAUGCGACCCUACGAUAUCGAAUCGUGGUCCGUGCUGCUGCGUGAGGCUCAAACGCGGCCAGUCAACGACGUACGCAGCUUAUAUGAAUCGCUGGUAAAUGUAUUUCCUACAACCGCACGAUACUGGAAAAUCUACAUUGAGCAGGAAAUGAAAGGACGCAACUUUGAACGCGUUGAAAAAUUGUUCCAGCGUUCGUUGGUGAAAAUUCUAAAUAUCGACUUGUGGAAAUUGUAUCUGACUUAUGUAAAAGAGACUAAGGCUGGCUUAAGCACGCACAAAGAAAAACUUGCACAAGCCUACGACUUCGCCUUGGAGAAAAUAGGUAUGGACUUGCACUCGUUUUCAAUAUGGCAGGACUACAUUCAUUUCCUGCGCAGCGUUGAGGCUGUUGGUAGUUAUGCCGAAAAUCAGAAGAUAACGGCCGUGCGUCGUGUGUAUCAGAAGGCGGUAGUUACGCCCAUAGUCGGCAUUGAACAAUUAUGGAAAGACUAUAUCGCUUUUGAGCACAAUAUCAACCCAAUAAUAUCAGAGAAAAUGAGUUUGGAGCGUUCCAAGGAUUAUAUGAAUGCUCGACGCGUUGCCAAGGAGCUUGAAAUACUUACCAAAGGGCUGAAUCGCAAUUUACCGGCCGUUCCCCCAACGCUCUCCAAAGAGGAAACCAAACAAGUUGAGCUGUGGAAAAAAUUUAUUGCCUUCGAGAAAUCAAAUCCGUUGCGCACAGAGGAUACAGCGCUCAUUACACGCCGUGUUAUGUUUGCUACUGAACAGUGCCUGCUGGUGCUCACCCAUCAUCCAGCGGUGUGGCAUCAGGCAGCACAGUAUCUCGAUCAAAGCGCUCAAGGGUUGGCAGAAAAAGGCGACACACAAGCUGCUAAGAUUUUCGGCGAUGAAUGCGCCAAUAUAUUGGAGCGUUCUAUCAGCGGCGUUUUGAAUAGGAACGCUCUACUUUAUUUCGCUUACGCUGACUUUGAGGAGGGACGCAUGAAAUACGAUAAAGUGCAUGCCAUGUACAAUAAGUUGCUGUCUAUUCCGGAUAUUGAUCCAACACUGGCUUUUGUGCAGUACAUGAAGUUUGCGCGCCGUGCGGAGGGUAUCAAAUCAGCGCGUGCAGUCUUCAAGAAAGCGCGUGAAGAUGUACGCUCACGAUACCAUGUUUUUGUGGCCGCAGCGCUAAUGGAAUACUACUGUUCUAAGGAUAAGGAUAUUGCUUUUCGUAUUUUCGAACUGGGACUAAAGCGCUUUGGUGGAAGCCCAGAGUAUGUUAUGUGCUACAUUGAUUACUUAUCACAUUUAAAUGAGGAUAACAAUACGCGUGUGCUUUUCGAGCGUGUACUCUCAUCAGGCGGGCUGACACCAACGCUCAGUGUUGAUGUGUGGAAUCGUUUUCUGGAAUUCGAGUCAAAUAUAGGCGAUCUGUCGAGUAUUGUAAAAGUAGAGCGCCGUCGCAGCGCCGUGCUGGAGAAUCUGAAAGAGUAUGAAGGUAAAGAGACUGCUCAGCUGGUGGAUCGCUAUAAAUUUCUGGAUUUAUAUCCUUGCACGACCGUCGAGCUGCGUUCGAUUGGCUACACAGAGAAUGUUGGCAUCAUGACGAAUAAAUUGGCGGGCGCUACGGCUGAUAAGACAGAUGAACCAGACUUCGAGCAGGCGGUGACCUUACCGCGUCCAGACUUCUCACAAAUGAUACCCUACAAGCCGAAGGUGAAUGCGCAUCCCGGUGAACAUCCACUGGCAGGCGGCACCUUCCCUCAACCGCCGGCAUUGGCCUCAUUAUGCGCACAGCUACCGCCUCCAGUUUCCUUCCGCGGUCCAUUCGUCUCUAUUGAAAUGCUGUUCGAUAUCUUCAACCGCAUAAAGCUGCCCGAUGCCGUGCCCCUGCCUGUUGGCGAUCAUGGUUGCGAUACGAAACUCUUCGAUUUGGCCAAGUCAGUGCACUGGAUUGUUGAUGACAGCAUUUGCACCGGCGAUGCGGGCAGCCUCAAGCGUCGACGCAUGCUGCCGGGCGGGGAUGACAGCGAUGAAGAGGCACAGGCGCCAGCGCCACCCGCUAAUGAUAUCUAUCGACUGCGGCAGCAAAAACGUUUCUCCAAAUAAACUAUGCAUACAUUUUAAUAUAAUUUUAAAUAUACUCACUAAGAGCGCGCGGCACUGCAUAAAAGUGCUGAAUUUUACAAUGUACGUAAAUGACAGUUUUAUUGAAAGCAUUUUUUUAUUAAUAUGCAACACAA